AUGGACCAAAUUUACCACAUCGAAAGCGUGAAGUUGAGCCUGGUGAACGGGGGCAGUCCAUGCGCCGGGAGAGUGGAGGUUCACUACAAGGGGAACUGGGGGACUGUGUAUGAUGACCGCUGGGACCUGCAGGACGCGGCGGUGGUGUGUCGGGAGCUGGGCUGCGGCGCCGCGAUGGGAGCCCCACUCGGAGCUCACUUUGGACCGGGGUCCGGACCCGUUGUGACAGGGAGUGUUGAGUGCAGCGGGAGCGAGGCCGCUCUGCGGGAGUGUAGAUCACGGACAUGGGGGGACAGUGGCCUUCCACACUCCAACGAUGCCGGCGUUAUCUGCGAAGAUCACAGAGGGCCAAGAUUGGUAUCCAAAGAUGAUCAGUGCUCGGGAAGACUGGAAGUGCAGUAUGGUGAAACCUGGGGAACCGUGUGUGACCUGGCCUGGGAUAUGGAUGAUGCCAGUGUGGUGUGCAGUCAGUUUCAUUGUGGAGUCGCCGUGUCAGUUCCGAGAGGGGCUUAUUUUGGAAAGGGAACUGGCCUUGUACGGAGCGAUGUAUUUGAAUGUAAGGGUAAUGAGACAAGCCUGUGGGACUGUCCGCGUUCUUUAGGAACUCUUCAUUGCAACCACACGAGUGAUGUCAGUGUGAUCUGUUCUGGGAACCAUGGCCCACGACUGGUGGGUGGGAAGGAUAGAUGCUCUGGCCGGGUGGAAGUUCUACACGGAGACGAGUGGGGAACAGUUUGUGAUCAGUACUUUAGCUUGCUUGAUGCCGGCGUGGUCUGUGAACAACUACAUUGCGGUGCAGUGGCCGCAACUCCCGGAGUUACUCACUUUGGCCGAGGAUCCGGCCUCGUGUGGAAGGAGAACUACCACUGUCAGGGGAACGAGUCCCGAUUAGUUGAUUGUCCAGUCUUACCCAGGGAUCAGAUGAGUUGUUCACACGGAAACGACGCCGGUCUCAUCUGCUCAGAUGAAAUUUGGUCUCUGAGAUUGAGCAAUGGGGGCAGCCGCUGCGACGGCCGAGUGGAGGUUUACCACAAUGGUAGAUGGGGGAGAGUGCAGGAUAGCGCCUGGAACAUCAAUGAUUCCAACGUGGUCUGCAGAGAGUUGGGCUGCGGCUCCGCCAUAUUCGCCUACAACUCCUCAAGGUACGGAGAGAGUGAGCUGCCCGUGUGGGUGAACAACGUUCAGUGUGAAGGAAACGAGUCGCAGCUCCGAAAUUGCAGCACAUUUACACUGAAUCAGACAUCCAGCGACAGCAUCGGUGUUGGAGUCCUGUGCUCAGACCAUCUCCAAUUACGGCUGUCUGGGGGUGGAAGUACAUGUGCUGGACGAGUGGAGAUUUAUUACAAUGGGUCUUGGGGCACAGUUUGUGAUGACUCCUGGGAUCUGGACGACGCUAACGUGGUCUGCGGGCAGCUAGGUUGCGGAUAUGCUGUGGAAGAUAAAAUUCCGGGAUUCUGUGGACGAAGUAAUGGCCAAAUUUGGUUGGAUGAAGUAAGAUGCUCGGGUAACGAAUCAUACCUCUGGAACUGUUCCUCCGCACCGUGGGGUAGGCACGAUUGCAGUCAUAAGGAAGAUGUGACAGUGAAGUGUUCUGAACACAAAGAGAUGCGCCUGGUGAACGGAGGCCGGCGGUGUGAAGGGAGAGUGGAAGUGUGGUACAACGGGACAUGGGGAACAGUGUGCACCGAGAAGCUCUCUAGAGUGGAGGCGGAAGUGAUCUGUAAACAAUUAGAAUGUGGACCCCUCGAAUAUAUUGAAUAUGACGCCAGUAAAUAUGGACAAGGUUCUGGGCCCAUAUGGAUCGAUGAGAUGAAAUGUAGCUCGCACGAGUCAGUCCUUUGGCAGUGCCAGUUUGACCCGUGGGGGCAACACAACUGUAACCACAGGGAGGAUGCAGGCGUUUCAUGUAAAGAUGCUGAAAUGCCGGAGACAACCCGCGGGAAAGACUGCGACGGAGGAAAUGAAUCUAAAUCUCGCCGUUUACCAGAUCUACAACUGCGGGUUGAUGGCGGCAGCAACAAUUGCUCCGGAAGGGUUGAAAUAUUAUUCAAUAACAGCUGGGGAACGGUGUGUGAUGACUCCUGGGGUCUCGCCGAUGCCAAUGUCGUCUGCAGACAGUUGGGCUGUGGCUCUGCUCUUUGGACUCCAGGAGCGGCGACCAUUGCCCCGGCCUCAGGUGAUAUCUGGCUGGAUGAAGUGAAAUGCACGGGAAGUGAAUCAUUCCUGUCCCGUUGUCUGGCUUCACCGCUCGGUCAACAUGACUGUGAUCACAAGGAAGAUGUCUUUGUCACCUGUUCUGGAAUUUCAAUUUCAGUUUUGGGAAAGAAGCCGCCCUCCACGGCUGUUGUGGUUUGCACAUCUCUCGGAAUCCUCCUCAUCGCCGAAUUUGUCGCACUGGUGAUAAUAGCUCGGAGGCAAUCAGCAAGAAGAGAUGCAGAGAUGAGAGGCAGGGGCUUUGGCUUUUACGAAGCAAUUUAUGAAGAGAUUGACGAUACACUCCCUGGAAACAAGUUCAAUCAGAUGAAUGAUUCAAUCUCUGGAUCCAUUGAUUCCAUGAAUCAAAUAGAAUAUUACACCAGCGACCCUCUGGGUUGUGCUCAUUCAACAAGCGAACUCCCUGAAGGAACCUCCUCCAGUGUUCGAGGUGAAUCUAGCAUGAUACCUUGUUUCCAAAGCCUGUCUUGAAAUGAUGGAAAACGCUCGGCGUUUCAUCAGACAGCACGUGCCUUUCACCCUUCCUGCAAGAUCGACAAGCAGAUCUUCACAGCAUUGAUAUCACUCGCCAACUUAUCACAAGCAGAAUCUUUGACUUGCUUUUAAACCACUUGGUUUGAUUUUUUUACCCUAAACCUUGGAAGAAAACAUGUUCUCUGCUCUCUGGACAGGUGUAGA